GAAAUCCUCUCCACUGUCUUUUAUUACACAGUCCCCCUGGACUGCGGUCACCCCCACUUCUUCCGGCGCCGGCGACUUCCUCUCCGUUGAAUCCUCCUUCCCCCGUACAAAUCCUAGAUCCCCUCGCCGCAAAACUCGAAGCGCCAAAUCCGAAAUUUUCGAUCCCGGAAAAAGGGAAAGAAAGAGAAGGAAAAGAUAGUUUAUAGUAUCGGUAAAUUAUGGCGGAAGAAGCUGUAGUUGAAUCGGUGCCGGAAACCCUAGAAACUCCACAUCCAUCGGCAACUUCACCGACCGAUUCGCCAACCGCGGUCGCUUCCGAUCCCUCGCUCUCGCGGAAUGCGUCGUUCAGUAAACUCAACGCGCGAGCUCCCGAGUUCGUUCCUAGUAAGCCACCGCCUCCUCCUGCUACUCCAUCUCCUCCGCUUCCGUCGAGGCUGGCUGUGAUGCCGCCGCCUCCUGGUGCGGCUAUGAUGCAUAUGUACUCUCCUGCACCGUCCCCACCACUGCCUACGGCUGGUCCGACUCCACCUUACCACGUCCCGAUUCACAGUCCGGUGCCGGUUGCUCACGUGAUUCCGGUCCAGAAUCAUCAUCCGCUUCACAAUCAGCACCAUCACCCGCGCCACCAUCAACAGCCGCCGCCGCCGCCGCCGCAGUACGUUGCGGUGCGGAAUCACAACAAUCAUCAUCAGCACCAUCACCAGCAGUUCGGCCAGAACGCUCACUAUGUGCCUGUACAGGGCCACGGAAAUCAGGAGCACCAUCAGAAUCAUCAUUACGCUAAGAAGUUGCAGCAACAAUCAGAGGAAGGCGAGCAGAACGAGGUUGGUCCGGCGGAUUACGGACGAUCCAAGAACCAGAAGACCGAUAAAAAUGGGCUCUCUGACGAAGCUAUGCAGAAGCUUUUGAAUCAGUAUCCAGAACGGUUCAUUUCUAUGGUUUCAGUACAUUGGGGAGCACCAUGAUUCUGCUUCUGGGACAGAAUUUGAUCGGGCCUAGUGUAGUUACUGUGAAAUGAGUGUAUCAGUUAGUGAUUGAUAGUGACUCAGAGGUUUUGAUUAGAGAAGUUGCAUCGAAGGCGGAAAUAUUGCUUCUCUUUAGCACUUAGGUUAUUCUGAUGGCUAAUGGAGGUAAGCAUUUUGGAUUUCCUGUUGUUUAACCCUUACUGAAAUCUCUAUCUGCAGGUAGAGUACUACUUCAGUGACUUAAACUUGGCCACCACAGAUCAUCUGAUGAGGUUCAUUAGCAAGGAUCCUGAUGGAUAUGUGCCAUUAUCUGUUGUAUCUUCUUUCAAGAAGGUCAAAGCUGCAGUAGAUAGUCAUUCUCAACUAGCCAACAUUUUGAGGAACUCUUUGAAGCUUAUUGUCAGCGAGGAUGGGAAAAGAGUUAAACGUCAACAACCAUUCACUGAGCCUGAUAUGGAAGAACUGCAAUCACGCAUUAUUGUUGCUGAAAAUUUACCUGAGGAUCAUUGCCACCAAAAUCUGAUGAAAAUCUUCUCAUCUGUUGGAAGUGUUAGAACAAUUCGCACCUGUCCUCCUCAAAAUUCUGGUGCUGGGCCUGCGGCAGGGUCUCGAUCUACAAAAGCUGAUGGCAUGCACUUCACUAACAAGUUGCAUGCAUUUGUGGAGUAUGACUCUGUGGAGAUAGCUGAGAAAGCGGUUAUGGAGCUUAACGAGGAAGCAAAUUGGAGGAAUGGUCUUAGGGUUCGCCUAAUGCUAAAACGUCCAUCAAAGCCUGGUGCUGGGGGGCGAGGGAAGAAGGAUGUUGAUGGGCCAGGGCAGUCGGAGGAAGAAGAGGCUUGUACCUCUGAGCAGCAGUCAGAUGAAAAGCCGAUUGAGGAUCUUCCUAAACAGCAGCCUGAUGUCCAGGGGGAUGACAAUCUUAACAACGACAAGGAUGCAGUACAGAGAAAAGGACGUGGCAGAGGGGGACGAGGAAAGGGACGCGGCCGAGGCCACUCCCAUCACCACAACCCCGGCCGAGGAGGAAACCACAUCGGCGGGCCUCCUCCUUCGAGCAAUGCAGCAGCCACGUGCGAGCAUACAGUGAAGCAACCACCGCCGCCUGGUCCCCGGAUGCCCGAUGGCACCCGAGGAUUCGCCAUGGGGCGUGGGAAGCCGGUCCCUGUUAACACCACAUGACACUGGCACAUCACAUUGCAGGAGAGGGGGGGUUUGACUGUUAGCGUAGAGCGUCCAGGAGAACGGGCAACUCUGUACUCUAAUGGGGAUGGCUUUCCAAGUUUUCGUAUGGAUGGGCGAAGUGGCGAGUCAGGUAGCCGUGAAGUUCAAAGUUUGAAUGUCUCUUUUCUUUGUUUGUCUGCGUUUCAUGAGUCUUGGACGUUUAUGUGCCAUGAACAAACCAAACGACCUGUCUUCCUUCUCUUUUCUUCGUUUCUUUCUUCGGAUUGUUUGUUUGGUUUACUAUUUAUAGGUGAAAUGGGGUGGGAGAAAGGGGGGAUCAUUAUAAAGCGUAUUGUAUAAUGAUUAAGUGCAAAGAAGCUAUAGACCCUUUCAGGGGUGGAAGGAAUGUGGAGAUAAGAGUACCAUUUGCACCUGUACUUUCGAUAACAAAUUGUCCCAAGGGAACAAUUUGCAUCUUGUUUGAGUUGUAUAUCAAAGUUCGCGAAAGACAAUUCAUUUGUAGGAAUAACUAAUUAGAUUGAGAAGGUUGGUUGCUGCUAAUCAGAUUCAGUUUGAUAUUUGAAUGAAACAUCUGAGCUUCACCACAUUCUAACUGCUUGUGCCGAGGUAAGUGACUGAUUGCCUCUUUCCUCAAACAGAGGGGGAGGUAGCAGGGCUUGAAACUGUCUUUUAACAUCCAGAUUUCCACAUUCAUUGGAUAAGAAAGAUAUACAAGGCCUAGAUCUCAGGGUAGUAGAACAUCGAAGAGCAUGUCAUAAUGAACAGCAAAACCAAAUGAGAUGUGAUAUAUUGUUUCCAUUUCUUUCAAAGCAAGAGUGCAGGAGGCGUCUUCAUAUCCAACAUAUCCAAAAGGGUAAACUCUAUGUGCCGGAGGGAAGGCAUAAACAGAACCACUAGCAGCAGCAGCAAUAAGCAGAAGCCUUCUCUCCUACAUGAAGGCAGUUCGACCGCCCCUUCGACUGUGCCUGUCGUAUGCAGUGUUGAAUUUUUCCACCAGCUCAUUCAUUGUGCUUGAGCAGUUGGUGAACAUGGCCAGGUAUGUGAUCAAUAGCGUGUCGCUGUAUUCCAUUAAGAAAUCAUCUUGGAACUUUUCAGAUUCAAUAGCUGGCAA